AGCGAGAAAGAGCAACAAGUGUCAUGGUUUUACACUGCUUUGCUUUUAGUUUUAGGAAAGGAUUUCACGUCCCUCCGCCGCCGCCCAACCGAACAAGUAACUUAUAAUAAUUAAUAUUAUUAUCAUCAUCUUUAUUUCGAUUUCCGGACGGGAGCUUGUUCAGUUAACGGAUCAACAUGCCCCGGUCUUUUUUGGUGAAACAUAAAAAGUGCGCGUCCUAUAACGUCCACCGAUCAUAUGAAGACGAGCCGAAGGAACCCAUAUGCACUGAAGUCCCGGUGGCUGAGGUGCAGAGCACAGACUCCUCAGACAGGCCUCAGUCGGAGGGGCCUUCAUCCCCCGUUGACCUCUGCUCGCUUAAAAAGGAGGAGGCAGAGCCCGAAUGCCCCUUACCUGUCCACCCGGAGCCGACCAGAGCUCCUUUGGCCCCUGCACAGCCGUACUAUUUACCCGCCGAGCCUCACAUGGCUGAAUUCCCUCCUUAUUACAAGUCGACGUACGCCUGGGAGCCGUUGUCUCUCCGGCAGAUGAGUUUCAGCCCCACUGUGCUGCAGCACACCAGCAGCCUGUACGGCACCCACAUCAGCCACAGCCCCCCACCCCAGCAGCCUCUGGACUGCAGCACUCACUACUCCCCCACCUCUAACACCUACCACUGCAUCACCUGCGACAAGGUGUUCUCAACGCCCCACGGGCUGGAGGUUCACGUCAGGAGGUCGCACAGCGGCAUGAGGCCUUUCGGCUGCAGCAUAUGCAGAAAAACCUUCGGCCACGCCGUCAGUCUGGAGCAGCACAUGAAUGUCCACUCUCAGGAAAAAAGCUUCGAGUGCAAGAUGUGCGGGAAAUCCUUCAAGCGCUCCUCCACCCUCUCCACGCACCUGCUCAUCCACUCCGACACGAGGCCGUACCCCUGCCAGUACUGCGGGAAGAGGUUCCACCAGAAGUCUGACAUGAAGAAGCACACAUACAUUCACACCGGCGAAAAGCCUCACAAGUGCCAGGUGUGUGGCAAGGCGUUCAGCCAGAGCUCCAACCUGAUCACCCACAGCCGGAAGCACACAGGCUUCAAGCCAUUCGGGUGCGACAUUUGCUCCAAGGGCUUCCAGCGCAAGGUGGAUCUCCGCAGGCACCACGAGAGCCAGCACGGCAUGAAGUGAGGGCCGACGCCUGGCGCGUUCAGGACGCUCGGUGCAAAUAAGAGACAGGAAUAAGGAAGCUGUGAAAAACCUUCUCAGGUGGAAGACCAUUUCAAGGUAGCCGAUUGAAAAGUAUCCGCUAAUAUAUUGGAAGAAAUCUUUCAAAGACGUGUUUACAUGAGGAGUGCUGUCAUGUCGCUCUUGUGUCUCAUAAAUGGUGAGAACAUCGCUUUUAGUGUUGUAUAAUAUAUUUAAAGUGUUCUGGAGAGGUGUAAAUUGGUCUGUGUGUGAAUUUAAAUGCUGAAAUAAAGGAGUGAACUAAG